AUGUCCAAUGACAAGCUUAGAUUCGGCCUCAAAUGCGCCACUAUCCUCUUUCCAUUCGCUCUCCAACUCCUCAGCCAACGCCUUCUCGCUCUAGCACACCGAUGGACCUACCGCACAGUACCAUCUCCAAAGGAAAUCGUCGUCAUCGGCGGAUCCUUCACAGGACUUCAGGUUGCACAGCGUCUAACAGAGACUAUUCCAACAGGGUACCGGGUAACGAUGAUCGAAAGAAAAUCACAUUUCAACUACUUGUUCAAUUUCCCCCGCUACUCGGUUCUGGCCGGUCAUGAGGAAUAUGCCUUUAUCCCGUACGAUAUGCUGGAGAACGCUGCGCCAAAGGGCUCCUUUCGACGUAUCCGAGAUAUCGUGACGAGUAUCAAGGACGGUAGAGUUUAUUUGGAGUCUGGGGAGGCUAUUGAGUUCUCGUAUCUGGUUAUUGCUACCGGCUCGAGACAAGGUCUUCCUUCGAAAGGCAUUGCUACAGAAAAGAAAGACGGAUGCAGAGAGCUACAGACAGUGCAGGAGAAUAUCCAGACGGCAAACCGCAUUGCUGUCGUGGGCGGAGGAGCAGUCGGCGUGGAAUUGGCGACGGAUAUCAAAUAUUUCCAUCCAGAUAAGGACGUUACCAUUGUUCACUCGAGAGAAAGGUUAUUACAAAGAUUCGGACCAAGAUUGCAUGAUCAUGUCGCUGGAAAGAUGCGCGAAAUGGGUAUACAUGUGCGACUCGGGGAACGACCAGAGAUCGUGACGGAGGAGAAUGUAUUGCUGUUUCCGAGUGGCAAACGACAGGAAUACGACCUAAUUAUACCAUGCGCCGGCCAAACCCCAAACUCCGCAAUUGUGCAAGACCUGGCCGCCGGAAUCAUAUCCCCGAGCACAAAAGAGAUCCGCGUACAACCGACGCUGCAAAUAAUAGCCGAUUCCAAGGAAGACACCGCCGCUCUGUCAAAUAUAUUUGCCAUUGGCGAUGUUGCCGAAACCGGUAGUCCGAAAAUGGGACGUGCGGGUUUCUUUCAGGCGGAAAUUGUUAUUCAGAACAUACUAGCCAUGAUCCAGGGGCGGGAGGUAUCCAGCGUGUACCAGUCACGUCCGGAUAUAGAGGGGUCGAUCAAGUUGAGUUUGGGAAAGGAUGAUGCGGUCAUGUAUAUGGAAGAGGAGGAUGGUAAUGAUUUCUUGAUACCUAUAAAAGCAGGUAAUGAAGAUUUGGAGAUUAAAAAUGCAUGGAGCCGGCUCGGUGGACGGUUUCCGGGGACGACAUGA